AGAAGAGAGGACAUUAUAUAGGAGGAGGAGGAGGGGGGUGGGAGAGAGAGGAGAGAGAGAGGUGUGGCGGUGGGUGUCGCCCCGCUCCCGCUGGCUCGGUUCGACGGCUCCUCCUCCUCCUCUCCUCGCUCUUUUUGGCAGCGGUCAGAGCGCGUCUCUCUGUCAGUAUCCGGUCAUCAGCAGCAGCAGUAGUAGCAGCAGUAGCAGCAGCAAGAGCGGUGCUGCUGGUAGUGGUGAGCGAGCGAGCGAGGCGGAGGAGGCGUGAGAGAGUGCACGCCAGUCGUAACAGCGGGAGUUUAAAGAAAGUCAUCACUCGCAUCGUCAGCGGCGAGGGCAUUAGAGGCAGCAGUGCGCGUAGCAGCAGCAGUAACACGCGGCGGCAAGAAGCACUUUCAAGCAAGCAGCAGUAGCAGCAGCGUCAGUAAUAGCAGCGGCAGCAGCAGCAGCAUCAGCAGCCACAGCAGCAUCAGCACUAGCAGCAGUAUCAGCACUAGCAGCAGUAUCAGCACUAGCAGCAGUAUCAGCACUAGCAGUAGUGUCAGCAAUAGCAGCAGCAGCAUCAGCAGCAGACGCGGCAUCAGAACGAGCAGCAGCAGAACCAGUACUAGCAGCAGAAGCCACAGCAGAAUCAACACUAGCAGCAUCAGCAGACGAGGCAUCAGCAGCAGCAGAAUCAGCACAAGCAUCAGCAGCAGCAUCAGCACGAGCAGCAGCAGCACUAGCAAGUAGCAGCAUCAUCUACAGCAGAACCAGCACUAGUAACAGCAUCAGCACAAGCAGCAUCAUCAGCAGCAUCAACACAAGCAGCAGCACAAGCAGCAUCAGCACAAGCAUCAGCAUCAGCACGAGCAGCAGCAGCAUCAGCACAAGCAGCAGCACAAGCACCAUCAGCACAAGCAUCAGCAUCAGCACAAGCAGCAGCAGCAUCAGCAUCAGUACAAGCAGCAUCAGCGGCAUCUCGUAAUGGGGGGCGACUCGAGGCGCGUGUCUCGCUGGUAUUUUGGGGGUCUCGCCUCUGCGGGCGCGGCCUGCUGCACGCACCCCCUGGACCUGAUCAAGGUCCACCUGCAGACGCAGCAGGAGGUGCGGAUGCGCAUGAGCUCCAUGGCGGUGCACGUGGUGAGGACGCAGGGCGUGCUGGCUCUCUACAACGGACUGAGUGCAUCGCUGUGCCGCCAGCUCACCUACUCGCUGGCCAGGUUCGCGAUCUACGAGCGAGCGCGCGAGUUCGUGGGGAGGGACGGUCGGAACCCCCCCUUCCACACCAAGGUGUUCAUCGGCGCCCUCGGGGGCUUCAGUGGGGGCCUCAUCGGCACGCCGGCUGACUUGGUGAACGUACGGAUGCAGAAUGACAUCAAACUGCCACUUGACCAGCGACGCAACUACAAGCACGCCAUCGACGGCAUGUACCGGGUGGCCAAAGAAGAGGGCAUCAGGAAGCUGUUCAACGGCGCCACGAUGGCAGCGAGCCGCGGGGCGCUGGUCACGGUGGGACAGCUCUCGUGCUAUGACCAGGCCAAGCAGCUGGUGUUGGCGACGGGGCUCAUGGGAGACAACAUCACAACGCUUCCGCGAAAAAAGCUCUUCCGGCACGUGGUUGCAAGUGAUAACGAGGAUGACAACAGCGGCGGCGGUGGUUAG